AUGAAACUUGGGCAUUGUUGGAUUGCUGCUUGGUUAGUUGCUCUCUUUCUCUCUCUCUCUCUCUCUCUCUCUCUCUCUCUCUCUCUCUCUUAUUCAAUAUCAGGAAAACUAAUUCCCCGAUUUUUGGCAAAAUUCUACCAAAAUUACUUCUUAUAUUGCUUUUUUAAUUCACUAUAUUUCUUCUUCUUCUACGUCUUCUUCUUCUUCUUUUACUUCUUCUUCUUCUUCUUCUUAUUUCUUCUUCUCACUCUUCUUUUAUGUCUUCUUGCUCGUUUGCUCUUCGUCCCUCUUCUUUUUCUUUUCCUUCUUUCUCUCUUUCUUUCUUUCUUUCUUUCUUUCAUCCAUCUCUUCCUCUUACUAUAUUUGCGCCUUUUCUUUUGUUUCUCUUCUUCACCUCCGUCAUUUCCUCUUCUUCUCUUGCACCUCAUUCUUCACCUCUUUAUUUCUUCUUGUCUCUUUUCUUCUUCUUCUUCUUCUUCUUCUUCUUCUUCUUCUUCUUCUUCUUCUUUGUCCCUAUUUUUUGAAAGAGGUCACCCGGUUCAUGAUAAAAGAAAGAUAAUGACUAUAAAGGAAUCUAUCUAUCUAUCUAUCUAUCUAUCUAUCUAUCUAUCACAAUAUAGUUUCUAUCUAUCUAUCUAUCUAUCUAUCACAAUUUAG